GUUGGUUGUUGUGAUUGUGUUGUUUGGAUGGCGAUGGUCUAUGCUGAAUGUUGAUAAUUACAUUUAUACCGAAAUGGAGGUGUCAAAAGAAAUUUACUGUAUAUGUGGAAAACCCUAUGACGAAAAACAGUUUAUGAUUCAGUGUGACAACUGCCGAGAGUGGUAUCACGGCAACUGUGUCAAUGUUCGUGAAUAUGUAUCUAUCGACCUGGACAAAUAUCACUGCCCACAGUGUGAAGUUGCGUGUGGCCCUUCUGUUUUCAAAAAGCAGUACAAUUUCCACAGACAUAAUUAUUCGGACAUGGAAGCUGAAAAUAAACCUGUCCAGACAGGAACUCCAGUCUUUGUAGAAGAGUUGAAAACCAGACAUUUCCCCAGUGCAGAUCCUGUGGUAACAAGGCUGACAGGUAACCAAUUGACUUUAAACCACCUUUAUCAAAAUGGUUUUGAUCAGCCCAUCAUUGUUGAUGAAAAAGAAGGUCUGGAUUUAAGAGUACCCUCUGAAUAUUUCACUGUGCAAGAUGUUGAAGCUUUAGUGGGUUCUGAUAGAGAGGUGGAUGUCAUUGAUGUGGCCCGUCAGACAGACAUAAAGAUGACAGUAGGAGAUUUCGUCAGUUAUUUCAACAACCCAAUGAGACAGAGGGUGUUGAAUCUCAUCAGUUUGGAGUUUUCUGACACCAAACUGAGUGAGUUGGUGGAAGCACCUUAUGUUGCUCGUAAGUUGGAUUGGGUGAACACAGUUUGGCCACUCUCCAUCGGAACCCUUCCUACAGUGUACAAACGUCCCGAGGUUCAAAAAUAUUGCCUCAUUGGUGUCAAAGACUCCUAUACAGACUUCCACAUAGACUUUGGUGGUACUUCUGUGUGGUACCAUGUCCUCAGGGGUGAGAAAAUCUUUUAUUUGAUCAAACCAACAAUGGCCAAUCUGUCUCUGUAUCAGAGGUGGAUGACGUCUUCUACACAACACGAAACAUUUUUUGGAGAUCAGGUGGAUUGCUGCUACCGAUGCAUUGUCCCGGCUGGCCACACUAUGAUGAUACCAACAGGAUGGAUACAUGCUGUACUCACCCCAGUGGACACACUUGUCUUUGGAGGCAACUUUUUGCACAGUCUUAACAUCCCUAUGCAGCUCCAGAUUUACGAGAUCGAAAAAAAAAUGAGGACUCCAGGUAAAUUUCGGUUUCCUGCAUUUGAGACAAUAAAUUGGUAUGCUGCCAAGCAGCUGUGUGAAGAGUUAAGAAUGCUGAAUGACGAAUCAUCCAAAGUUCCAGCUUAUCUACUACAGGGUGUGAAGGCUUUGCUGGUGACCCUCAAGCAGUGGAGUCAGGAUAGAGAUACAAAUAAAAGUCGUAAAGAAGAAAUUCCAUCAAUCAUUGAUGGUCCCAAGCUAUUAAAAGAUCUGAGUAAAGAAAUACGCCAUGCUGAAAAAUACUUGAACUCCCUACAUCCUCCUAAACCUGAAAGAGAAUCAAAACGGAAGAAAAAGAAACCAGUGAACAAAGAUUUUGUUGACUAUUCCCAACCGCAAAACAGUAUUCUGUUAGCACAGAUGAAAAUGGAACCAAAAGAGCCUAUUAAGCUAAAUAUGAAAGUGCUGAACAAAAAACUGCAAAUAAAAGAAGAGCCUAUUGUGAGACCUCCUUUGAAAUUAACUCUACCUAAACCUGUGAUGUAUCCAUAUACAACCCCUCUGAGUGAAAACAAGCUAAAAAAAGAAGAAAAUAUUGAUCAACCUGGAGCUGAAAAUAAGCCUUGGUUUAUAACAAUGGAUCGGUCACGGCAUAUAAAAAUUAAAGCGGAAUCCAAUGGACUUAAAGUGAAACUUGCAAAACAAGCAGAAAUGCCUUUUAUUAACUUACCCCCAAACCCGCCUGUGCACCAUUCUUUUCAGGAUGAUUAUUUGGACCCAAAAGACCAGAUAGAUUCAGUCUAUGAUUUCCACGAUGAUGAAGAUUAUCCAGAUGAUGAUGAUGACAAUUGCUUAACAAUAGAUGAGACUCCCAAGAAGAAAAGAUGGAGCAAAGGUUCGGCCACAGUUGAACAGACUUCAUCAUCCUCCCUGAAGGCCAAGUGGGCACAGGCAAAUCAGUCUCAACAAAUUCAUCUAAAUAAUCUUCUGAUGAAUCUAAAAGGCAUCAAAACAGACAAUCUAAACUCGGUCGAUGUCACUUCUAAUUUGCCAAAAAAUGGUAUAGAUGAACUUUUAAAAGCGUCUGCAUAUACUAGAGAAGGAAGUCCACGAAUAGAAGAUAUUGAGAGUGGUAGAACCUCGCCUUCAACCAGAGAAGCGAUCGCAGGAAUGUUAUCCAUCAGUCGGAUGUAUCAGCCAGAAGGAGAAGCUAGUUCGAGUCACCAUCACGGCAGUUCGCGAUCCAAGAAGAGGAAACAUCACACGCCUCACAAUGACGAGGUAGAGGACAUGGACAAAGUACACCAGGACGAUGACUUCAUCUAUCCUUCGCUGGACCUUUCUGAUGAAGAGGAGGAGAGAACAUCAAGAGGUGGAAAGAGGAAGGUAGAUGAAGCGUGGAACCCCAAAGCGAGAGUCGGCCAUGUGGCACCUAAGACUGAUCGGCCAUGUAGGGAAGGAGCGAAGAAACAGUCUGUGGAAAAAGGCCUUGAGGCUGCUGCUGCCAAAAGAGCCCGUCUUCCUUCUCCAAAAAGGCCAUAUCACAGAAAAAGACCGAAAUUUGUGCCUAUACCAAGUGUGGAACAACCUUCAUCAUCUCAAUCUAACGUGCUGCCUUCUAGUUCUUGCAGACCAACCGUUGCAGUUACAACGUCGACAAUAGAUUUAAAAAAUCGCAAACCAAAGAAGGGUAUGGCGACAGCCAAACAAAGACUGGGAAAAAUAUUAAAACUCCACAAAGUGUACCAUUAAAUAAAGUUAAGCAAUUUUUGUACAGAAUGUUUAGGUAUAUACAUUUCCUAGAUGUGUGAUAAACUUUCUCCACUGAGAGUGGCUGUUAUAUGUUACACGUUUUUUGGUACAAUAAGCCUGAAAGUCCCUUAAAACUUGAUUGUUAGUAUGGUUUUUUUUUUUUGCACUAAAGGUUUUGCAUAUCAGGUUAGUCA